AAGAGGAGCCAGGACCGGAUCAGGAUGCCGCGCCCCAGCAUGGUGAGAGCCAUCGGAGCAGAAGCUCUGGUGGUACUGCUGGAGGGCGGGUUGGACCGGGUGGUUCUGAUCGACAGCCGGCCCUUCGUGGACUACAACACGUCCCACAUCCUGGAGGCGGUGAAUGUGAACUGCUCCAAGCUGAUGAAGAGGAGGCUGCAGCAGGACAAGGUGCAGAUCGCCGAGCUGCUGCAGCACUCGGCCAAGAAGAAGUUGGAGCUGCAGGCCGAUCAGGAAGUGGUCGUCUACGAUCAGAACUCUUCGGACCCGGCCGCUCUCGGCGCCGACUCGUUCCUCAGCGUUCUGCUGGUGAAGCUGGAGAGGAGCUUCCCCUCUGUGCAUCUCCUGUCAGGCGGGUUCUGUGAGUUCUCCCGGCUCUUUCCCGGGCUUUGUGAGGGGAAGUCCGUUCUGGUUCCGUCCUGCAUCUCUCAGCCCUGCCUGGUGACCAGCGCCGGCCCGACCCGCAUCCUGCCGCACCUGUACCUGGGCUGCCAGAGGGACGUCCUCAACAAGGAGCUGAUGCAGCAGAACCACAUCGUCUACGUUCUGAACGCCAGCAACACCUGCCCCAAACCCGACUUCAUCCCAGAGACCCACUUCCUGCGGGUUCCUGUCAACGACUCGUUCUGCGAGAAGAUCCUGCCCUGGUUGGACCGCUCCGUGGACUUCAUAGAGAAGGCCAAGGCCUCCAACGCUCGGGUUCUGGUCCACUGCCUGGCGGGAAUCUCGCGCUCCGCCACCAUCGCCAUCGCCUACAUCAUGAAGAGGAUGGACAUGUCUCUGGACGAGGCGUACAGGUUCGUGAAGGAGAAGCGGCCGACCAUCUCGCCCAACUUCAACUUCCUGGGUCAGCUGCUGGACUUUGAGAAGAACAUCAAGAGUCCCGACGGUACCGAGAGCGGGUCCGGGUCUGCCGGCGCCGAGCCGCCCGCCGCCGACCCGCAGGAGGCGGCGCCGGAGCCGCUGGCCCCGCCCAGCGUUCUGGCCGACGGCCCGGAGCAGCUGGCGGAGGUUCUGGGCGGCGUGCGGCUGGCGGACGGCGCCGAGGACAGCGCCCGCCUGAAGCGCUCCUUCUCUCUGGACAUCAAGUCGUUUGGCGAGCCGGGCUCAGGCUCCGCCCACCGGGCCUUCGGGCCGCACGGCGCCGCGGGAGACGACUUCUACAAGGCGCCGUGCUUCAAGGAGGCGAGCAGCAAGGCCUGCCAGUUCUCCCCGGUGGAGGAGGUGUCGGAGCAGUCCACCCCGGAGCAGAGCCCCGACAAGGAGGAGCCCGCCGGGUCAGAACCGGCCGGGUCAGAACCCGCUGGGUCAGAACCCGCCAGGUCAGAACCAGCCCCGCCGCCGCGGGCCCCCGGGCCGCGGGCCGGCGCCGUGAACGGGCCGCACCACCUGCAGCGCAGCGGCAGCAUGGAGGAGAACACCACGGGUUUCCUGCUGGGCCUCUCCCACAGCCAGCAGCACCUGGCCCAGCCCGGUUCUGGUUCUGGUUCUGGUUCCUCCCUGAAGGGCUGGCACUCUGACGUCCUGCUGGGGCCCGUCACCGUCUCGGCCUCCUCGCUGACGGCCGGCUGGUUCCUGUCCUCCGACACCACGCGCUUCUACUCCUCCUCCUCCAUCCUGAGCGGCGCCGGCUUCGGCCCGCUGGGCCUGGAGGCGGUCCGGCGCCGCGGCGCCGGCGGGCGUCGUGCCGGGGACCACGGCGCCUCCAGGAGGAGCUGGCACGAGGAGAGCAGCUUCGAGAAGCAGCUGAAGAGGCGCAGCUGCCAGAUGGAGCUGGGAGACGGGCUGACGGAGAACCGGGCCGGGGAGGAGAACCGGGCCGCCACCCAGGCCCGGUUCUCCACCCAGGCCCGGUUCUCCAGCAGCCUGGAGGUGAUCCAGGUGUCCUGAUCGGGCGGCGCCGGGACUCCAAACACAUCCUUCCGGGCCUCAGGAGGCGGCCCAGCCCGAUACUCAGAACACCAGGACCCGGCGGGCCCACAGAGAACCACCAGAACCUUCUGCUGGACUCAUCAAACCCAGCAGGGAGAAAUACAUAAGCUUAAAUCCCACAAGCGGUUCUGAAGUGAGCAGAACCACAGAGGUUCUGCUCUGAGGAGGACUGACCCAAACGGAACCACACUGAAGGAGCCCAUGGAUUAUCAGUUACCUCUGUUCCACCAGCAGGGAGCAGGUUCUGGUUCUGGUUCUGGAGCUGAGAUGGGUCUGUCUAACAAUCUGGUUCUGCAGCUGCUUACUAGGCUCUAAGGAACUGGAUCAGAACCAUGACUGGAUCCACCUGAGGACAGAGACGUUUUAGACUUUCAUCAGUGACAGUUUGGACUUUAUGGUGUUCUGUGUUCUGACCCGGAUCAUGUUUCUGGACCGGAACAUGGAUGCUGCCAGCAGGCGGCGCCGGUCAACAGAACCUUCAUUUAAAGCUAAGAUGCUCCAAUAUUUGGAGCAAUGUUUGGUUCUUUGGACUUUAUUCACGUUCCCUGAUUGUAUAAAACGCCUGAUUGGUUGAUUGGUU